AUGUACAUAUUGCGGCCAUUUGCGAUUUCCAUGUAUCCAGUGGAUGUAGGCUGCUCUGAAAGAGCCGAGAUUGUGUCCACCAUUGGGAGUGUUGUAGCAGAUAAUGUUCUUGGCAAUAACAGGUUUGACGAUAACAACGUAGAAAUGGACGAUGAAGAAAGGGCCGUGAAUGCUGAUGUUUAUGAAUAUACGAUAAUGUUGGAGGCAUUCAUCAAAAUAUUGGAGGCUAAUAAGGUCAGAGAGUUUAUGCUGAAAGGUUUUCUUUUUAUUGACACCAGUAAUUGUGGUUUAAUGAAGCGGACUCACUUUUCAACCGUCCUAUCGACAUAUCCCACAUCUAUCAGUAACAGGCAGGCGCAAAAUCUUACAUCGUUUCAAAGAGGAUUGGCGGCUCUGUGGAUUAAUUUUGUUCCCCUCAACUACAGCCUGUUGACUGAUCUGGAAUCUCACAUUGCUAACAUACAUCGUAAUGCCUUCUUACCGGAUAUAGCUCACUACGGGUGUAACGAAUCCCGAGCCGUACAGUCUAUGGAAUGCCCGUCUGAGCUCUGCUACUGCAAGGCGAAAAUCGAAAAUCUUGUGUCAAAGAUUUCAACAACUUACUUCUGUUGCUAUGCCUUGAAUCUUACCUCCAAUAAAAACGAUGAUGAAAUAGGUACACUGGAAUAUCUAUUAAAGACGUUUAUCAACUGGUGGAGACCAGAAUUAUUCUUUUGGCCGUUUCCUAUUUUUUUAAGUACAUCGAAAUAG